UUUCCCUUAACAAAGAUGGCAGCGAGGGGGGGCGGGGACCCGCGCCGCGCGCCGGCUCUCCGCCGCCUCUCCCCAAUCAACGGCCGCCAACUCUCCCGUGGAGGCGACGGCGCGGCCAAUGGGAGCGGAGAGCGUGGCGGCCGGGCGGGGAGCGGGCCAAUGGGGCGGCGGCGGCGGGGGCAGCCGGUGUGGGGUGGUGGUGCCGGUGCGGCGGGCGCUGUCGGGCGAGGCGGGAUGCGGGCGGCCCACGGGCUUUGCGCGGCGCUGGCCCUGCUCCUGCUGCCGGCCGGUGGCCGAGCGCUGCGCGACGGGGACUGCGAGGUGUGUGUCACAUUCCUGGGAAGGUUCUACCAGAGUCUAAAGGACAAUGACGUUGAAUUCACACCUUCCAGUAUUGAAAAGGAGCUCUUGAAAUCCUGCAAAGAAGCAAAGGGCAAAGAGAAUCGUCUGUGUUAUUACAUUGGGGCCACAAGUGAUGCAGCCACCAAAAUCAUUAAUGAGGUAUCAAAGCCCAUGAGUCACCACAUCCCUGUGGAAAAGAUCUGUGAGAAGCUAAAGAAGAAAGACAGUCAGAUCUGUGAACUAAAAUAUGACAAGCAGAUCGACCUAAGCACCGUCGACCUGCGCAAGCUGCGCGUCAAGGAGCUGCGGCGGAUUCUGGAUGAUUGGGGCGAGGUGUGCAAGGGCUGUGUCGAGAAGUACGACUUCAUCCGCAGGAUCCACGAACUGAUGCCCAAGUACGCGCCGAGGGCGGCCGGCGCCCGGACAGACCUCUGAGGGCCGAGACCGGGGCGAUCCUGGGGCACUGAGGGGCGAGACCGGGCCUGUGAGGGGACUGUGAGGGGCGACCUCGAGGCUCUGAGGGGCGACACCGGCCCCGCGCUUUGUACGGGACUUUCAUUAAAGUUCUCCGGUGUGUACCGGG